GGAACGGGUAUAAAUCCACCGACAUCCGUCCCGUACCUGAACUCAUCUCCAAUCUACCAACCACCUAUUCCACCCCCAUCCCCACCUUCAAAAUACCACCAAACAAACCGAAGAGAAAUGCCAACCGUCCUCAUCCUCGGCGCCUCCGUCGCCGGCCUGCCCAUCGCGCACGCCCUCCUCAAAAACAACACCAGCAGCAGCAACAAAACAAAGGUCAUCCUCGUCAACCCCUCGCGCGACUUCUUCUGGAUGAUCGCCGCCCCGCGCAUCCUCACCAAGCCCGCCGCCUUCCGCGCGGAGCAGUACCUCAUCCCGAUUGAGCCGGGGUUUUCGGGGUAUCCCAAAGAGGAAUUCGAGUUCGUGCACGGCGCCGCGAGGGCUGUGGACUUUCCGGCGAAGACGGUGAGCGUAGCGCUGUCCGCCCCUGCAUCCGAAGCCGACGGACCUGCUGCGCGGACGAUAGAGUACGGAUACGAUCACCUCGUCCUCGCGACGGGGAGCACCACGCCGUCGUCGAUUGCCACCCCAACCGAGAGCGGGGGCCACGCGGUGCUGUAUCCGUUCAAGCCCCCUCCUCCUUCCACUUCCCCCAGCCCUCCCCCCACCUCCCUCGGGGACUUGAUCGCCACAGCGCAAAGCCGCAUCAGCCAAGCGAAGCGGAUCGUCAUCGGCGGCGCCGGCCCGAUCGGCCUCGAGACGGCGGGCGAACUCGCGGACCUGCCGCAUAAACCGUCCAUCACGCUGAUCUCGGCGGCUGCGCGGGUCCUCCCUGGGUCAACGGAGGGCGCGAGCCGGUCGGCGGAGACGCAGCUCGCGAGCAAGGGGGUGUAUGUGAUCACGCGCCGGAAGGUCGUCGGCUACUCCCCGGAGGAAGGGGUGGUGAGAUUGGACAACGGGGAGACUCUGUCCACGGACGUGUAUAUCCCGACGACCGGGGUGCUCCCUAACACCUCGUAUCUCCCGGCGGGCGUCCUCGAUGAGAAGGGGUGGGUCAAUGUGGAUGAGGAGCUGCGCGUGCGCGGCGUGGAAAAUGUCUAUGCGGCCGGGGAUAUCACCUCGUAUCCUGCGCGGUUGGCCCAGCGGGCCGGCGAGCAGGCUGGUAUUGUGGCGCAUAAUCUGGUCGUGGAGAUUGGUGGUGGUGGUGCUGCUGCCGGCAAGAGGAAGCGGUUUGCCCCGGGCAGGGCGAUGAUGGUUGUGCCUAUUGGGGCGGCCGGGGGGACCGGCGAGUUGUGGUUUGGGUGGGUGCCGUUUGUUUGGUUGGUGCGGUUGGUUAAGGGGCGGGACUUUUUUAUUGCCAAAGCUAAGAGCUUGGUCUACUCCUAGAGGGGGGUCCGGGGGUCUCCCCCGGUACUUCUCUCUAUUUGUCUUUGAGGGAAAUAAUGCUUAGUGAACUGAUGAGGGGGGGUACGGGGGGUCUCCCCCCGUAACUUUUAUAUCUAUCUAUAUAUGGGUUAAUGAUAAUUUAC